AUGAAUGCGUCUGUAUCACAUCUGGAAGUUGCGCUGUAUCUGGGUGGCAGAUUUGGUAUCUAUCCACCAUUCCGCCCAUCGUGCCAUCUCUUGGAAGGUGGCCAUUUUCGUCACUGCCUCAUGAAAAAGAAAAGAAAAGAAGAUAUUAUGGGGAAUUUUAUUUUCAAUCUCACGGUUCAUUUCUUUCUUCCAGAAUCGGAGCAGGGCCCGCACGAGAAACGACUACUCAAUAAGCUUCUCAAUGAUUACAACGUUCUCGAACGACCCGUUGCCAACGAAUCAGAACCCCUCCUGCUUAGCUUUGGCCUCACCCUUCAACAAAUCAUAGACGUGGACGAAAAGAACCAACAAAUAAUUUCAAAUAUCUGGUUAAAAUUGGAGUGGGUCGAUGUGAACCUCAGGUGGAACGCCUCAGAGUUCGGAGGCUUACAAGAUUUAAGAAUACCUCCACACAAAAUCUGGAAACCAGACGUCCUAAUGUACAAUAGCGCCGACGAAAAGAUCGACAGUACUUUCCCAACGAAUGUCGUAGUGAGGAACAACGGUAGCUGCACUUAUAUCCCGCCCGGAAUCUUCAAAAGUACGUGUAAAAUCGACAUCACAUGGUUCCCUUUCGAUGACCAAAAAUGUGAAAUGAAAUUUGGGUCCUGGACCUACGACGGCUUCCAGCUGGAUUUGAGACUGGCCAGCGAGGAAGGCGGGGACCUAAGCACGUACAUCACUAAUGGCGAGUGGAUCCUGAUUGGCCUUCCAGGAGUGAGAAACGAGAUUUUUUAUGCGUGUUGUCCGGAGCCUUACGUUGACAUCACCUUUACGAUCCAUAUACGGAGGCGAACCCUCUACUAUGGAUUUAAUCUCAUCAUCCCCUGUGUUCUCAUCUCCUCCAUGACCCUUCUAGGCUUCACCCUGCCACCGGAUUCGGGAGAAAAACUAACCCUCGGUGUCACGAUUCUUCUGUCCUUGACCGUCUUUCUUCUACAGUUAGCUGAAACGAUGCCACCAACCUCUGACGCAGUCUCAAUCAUAGGUGUUACAAUCCUCUUGUCUCUGAGUGUGUUCCAAAUGCUCGUGACGGAAACCUUGCCUCCUUCUUCAGAUGCAGUCUCCAUCAUAGGAACGUAUUUUGCAUGCAUUAUGAUUAUGGUGGCAUUCUCAGUUGUAAUGACGGUCGUUGUCCUCAACUAUCAUCACAGAAAUUCGGACACGCACGAAAUGCCUGAAUAUAUCAAAACCUUGUUUCUUCUGUGGCUGCCAUGGAUCUUGCGAAUGCACCGUCCCGCCAAGAUAACUGCUCGCCUCAAAGCGGCCCGCUUCGCUGCAUCUUCUGGUAGACGAUCCUCGAAGUCAUCUGCCCCAGAUCUCAAGGAACGCUCCUCCAAAAGUCUCUUGGCCAACGUGCUGGAUAUGGAUGACGACUUCCGACUUCAACGUCAAAACAGCACUUCUGCGCCAUCUGUGGUAGCAGGCGGUGGUUCAUCGAGUGGUUACGUGCAACUGAUCGGACCUAGCAUCGAAGGAACUCCAACAAUGCAUGGACCGUCUUCUACCACCGCCAAUCCCACCUCCUGCCUCAGUUCCCAGAGGGAACUGUCGGCCAUCUUACGCGAGGUCCGUUUCAUAACGAAACGAAUGCGCGAUGAUGACGCUACACAGGAUAUCAUUUCAGAAUGGAAAUUCGCGGGUAUGGUCGUGGAUAGAGUGUGUCUCAUUCUCUUUACUGCCUUCACGAUCAUCUCGAGUUGUGUGUGCCUAUUUUCGGCGCCUCAUCUAAUGGCCUGAUGACAGUGAGACGCUUAACAAGAAAAUUGACACUCUCUAUAAAGUUUCUUUGCUCUUUAUAGGAAAUAUUCAAGUUUUUCUCUUAACUUAUUGGAAAACAUAUAUUACAUGCGUAUUAUAUGUUACACAUAUAACAAUGUAUGCGUGGUAAUCUCUUAUAAUCUCAUCUGCUAUUGCGAAAAUCGCACAAUAUCAGUUAAGGACCUUACCUAAAAACAAUUAAAUUACUUGCUAAUUUUAUUUUAUUUUCUUACACUAAAAGAGUAUAAAAGUAUUUUAAACUAAAUAUUUGAAUAACUUAAGCACUAUCAUCAUUUAAACGGAAAUGUAUUUAAAGUCGAAAAUUUUCGGUAAGUUGUGUACCUAAAUUUUGCUAAGAGGAAAACAGCAUAUUUCAUAAGAAAAAUUUCAUUAAACAUUCUAAACAUUAAGCAAUUUUCUAAGUGUUCCUUAUAAAUCAUCUAUUUCACGACAAGUAUAUUACUCUAAAUGUGCCAUAAAAUUCUUUCAAUUCAUGCUAUUUCUUGGGCUAUGGUAAAAGAAAAUUUAAAAAUGUUGGUUGGGAAGCAGAAUCAAAUUUGUUCGUUUAGAAUGCAACAAAACACAGAAGGGCUUGCAUGCCUAAGGAAAGGCAUGUCUAUGUAGAGACGUUUGUAAGAGAAACGGUUAGCAGAAAAAAUCUUAUUAUAUUGAAGUUUCCGUACUCUUGCUUUAAUGGUUUAUAAUAGGACAAAAUAUUAAACAGCGGUUUGUGAGAUGAAUCAUUUUAACCAUUUAAUUUCACAUGCUACAUCGAAAUGUAACAUUUUUAACAACUCAAUUAAGUUUGGUCUAAAGUUUAUUGUUUGGAAAUACUCAAACAUUGAUUCCAUAAAUUUGAGGAUGAAAACAAUUAACCAUGUUUAUACACUGAGACUUUGCUUCAAGGAAGGACUGAUAUGACGAAAAGGAAAGGAGUUUUACAUGGGAAUGGUAUUUAAAGAAUACGUAACUGACUUGCAAGAUUAUUUUCAGUAUGCGUUGCCAGCUUACCAUCAAUGUAAGAACGCUACAAAAAACAUAAUUCUACCGAGACUCUUCAGAAUGUUUGGCGUUAAUGAUGGUUUUACUUUUAGAUGAUAGUUGUUCGCAUUACAAGUAUAAACAGCUUUGCUUCGGAUUUUGUUUCUCUUUAGAAAGAUAAACAAAAAUAUUAUAUCAUGACAUCCACAGUUGCGUUUUAGUGACACCUAACUAUAGAAUCCGAAAUAAAUUAUAUGAGUAAUAAUUAAUGAAUAAACUAUUUUUAAAAUUAAUUAUUAGUGAUAACUAAAAUUAUACCGCAUCUGUAAUUAUUAUUAUUUUCAAACAAAUAUCCGUUCAUAAGUCUCUUGUAAAAUAUAAUAAUAAUUGCCUUUUGGUGGAUAAAUUUUAAAUAAAACACCUGAAUUCAAGUGGGAAAUACUAGGGAUCAAUACUUUUAUCUAAUAUGCUUUUCAUCAAUUUAUUCGUUCAAAAUCAUUUCAGAAUAAAUUCCAAUUAUUUAACAUCUUAAGGUGAAAAGCAUCCUUUAAUAAACAAAUGAUCUAUAGUUAAUGAUAAAUGGCCACUUAACCGCAAAUAUGAUUAUUGUUCUUCGAAACAGGUAGAAAGCUUGUUCAGUUAUCGACCAAGAUUUCUUUUGAGAUUUUAACUUUCGCAUGGAGAAACGUUUUAAGCAUGAAAAAUGAUCUGUGAGUGAUCACGUGUGAACUGAUAGAAUUUUACCUAAAUUCUAUUCCAGUCUAAUUUUUACCCUUAAAUUUUAUAUUGGCGGGCUUCUCUUCCAAUUCGAUACCAGCUAAUUUUAUUUUAAAUUAUUGAAUUGCUAUUAAAAGUGUUAUUCAAAUAACUCGUGCUGCAUAUCGCAUUAACUUAAUUUGCACUGUAUAAUUAUAUAACAGUAAAUUCUACUUAAUAUACUUAAUAUGCAUCCUAAUACUUAAUACACAUGCAGCUUCAGACAUAAAUUCUGGUGCCAUGUCUUCCUUCAGUGUUCUAGAUCCAUAAAAUAAUUCUUCCAAAAAUUACCGAUAAACAGUUCUUCAAUUAAAUUUGCAUUUGAAGAAAAGGAAUGAAUGCACUAGAGAAAUUCGCAAUGAUUUUUUAGUUACUGCUUGAAAAGCACGAAACUAGUUUGAGACAGUUUGUCCUGUAGCUUAUAGUCUAUGUAUCGAACAAAUCGGAUCUUGAGUAUUAAACCUUUAAACAAGCAUUCAAAACUAAUCAUUGGUCUUGAUUAUGAAACAAAAGCUGUUCAUGAUUCUCCUUCAUUUUGAAUUAUAAAAUUUUCAAAUUUCCGUUUCUCCAUGGCUUUUUAAUAAGAGGAAAAUGACUUAUAACUCUAUGCAAAAUGUGCCACUUAAUUACUCAUACGUGUUUUGGAUUAUUUUUAUUAUUUUGGAUUAUUAUAGCAUUAAUAAUCUUUUGAAGACACGUAAAUGGAAAUUCCGAAAUGUAUAAACCUAUUACGGAUUUCAAAAUUUUAACCAAUAUUUGUUUAAUUUCAUAGCAGAGUAUGCAUAUACAUAUAUAUUUAUAAAGGCGAACUUCAGGAAAGAUAAGAAAAUAUUUGGCAUGAUACCUAGUUCUUAAAUUAGUUCAUGAAAGAUAUCUAAUUGUCACUUUUGGGAUGAUUUGAAAAUCACAAAGUUGCAAUCAGAUAUGAUGAGUACAAUUAAAUUUGUUAUAUUUUAUUAUACGAGUAACGUUUAGAUUCUAGAAAAAGUAAUGUAUUCUAAUCAAUAAUCUGCAGAAAUUUAUCUGAAUAACAAAUAACCUGGAAAAAAACACGCUUUAUGCGCUAAUAAGAUGUGUUCUUUUAAAAUGUAAAUAUUAUACAUUUGUUUAAAUAUCUAUUAAACCAUAAUUAUGGAUCAUUUAUUUAUUCUUUAUUCUCGGCGGUAGGUUUAGAUGAUGUUAUAAUGCUAUAGACUACAAUUUAUUGAAAACUUUACUAAAUCACAUAACUGUGCAUAUCAUUAAUCAUUUUGAAGAAAAAUUAAAUGAAGCUCGUUAGUUCUUCCUGAACUUUAAAUGAAUGUGAUGAGGCAAAGGAAGAAAGGUGCUGUUAAAAAAAACACAAUUAAGUGCAAUUCUAAUUGAAAAGUAGAAUGUUUUUGCUUUCUCUCUUAUUCAGUAACAGAGAUAUCGAUAGGCAAGUGAAUAUAGGCCCAGAAAUAUUGUUUUUAUUUCCCUCUUUAAUACCCCAUCCUGCAACUCAUUGCUCAUGUAAGACAAAUCAUUUCACAAUUGAGCCUAAAGAAGGUAAAAAUAACAAAACGUUUCGUUAAGCACUUUAAAAAUAUCGUGAUUAAUUUUAUAAAUAUUUUUAACAUACAAAGAUAAUGAUUAGAUAUUCCAAAAAUAACAUCAUUUAAAAUUUUCAAAAUGCUAAUCAAGUUCCCAUUUUAAGCUGAGAAAAUUCACUGUUAAUUUUAGAAUGCUUUACAUUACAUUUGGAAAGUUAAAAAUUUCUGUGAUAUUAUCUUGUACUAUAAUGACAUAUCACGAUGAAAAUGGGAGAAAAAAUACCACAUUGUUAAAAUAACAUGCAUUUGUAAUACAUAUGCUUCUGAAGUCAACAUAUCUACAAUUUCUAUAACGUUAAAAUUUUAAUAUUAUUUUAAAUGAUGACGUAAAAGUCAAUUCUGCUCAAGUUUUUAAAGCAUUAUAUAACAUACAGAAACAAAGGACCAUUUAUCUGAAUGUAUUUGUCAAGAUACAUAUUUUUGUGUGUGCUAAAAUAUUCUGCAUAUAUAUAUGAAAUCGAUAAAUGGAGACAUAGCUACUUAACAAAUCAGAAAUUCUUUCAUAUUAACACAUUUCUUUUGGGUACUAAUACGAUGUUCACAUCUAUUAACGGAUGAAAUUUUAAAAUAUCUGGUAAGAAAAAAUUGCUAUUUUCUCGUUACUUUUUCUUGCUGAAAUUAGGUGUACAUUAUUAAAUGUUCUUUGCUUCGAAACCGAACGUUUUAUCGCUUAAAAUAAAAAUUAUUAUAUCAUAUCAUCAUAAAUAUCGUCAUAAAAAUUAUUAUAUAUAAUUUUUAUGUGCAUGUAAUGUGCGGAACUGUGAAAAACCACUUAUAAUAUUUUAAUUAAAUUAUAUUUUUAUAAGCAAUAUAUAAUGUUUUAAGACAAAGUAUAGGUUUUAAUAAAGCUUUAUGAUCAAAAUCUAAAACGGCGAACCCUCUCUAAGAAGACCAUGAUUCAAGUUGAUUUUGUUCUUUAGUACAGUAGAUCGUCUUAUAGGUCUACAGAUCAUCUUAAAUCGUAUUAUCGUCUUAAAUAAGUAGAUCGUCUUAAAUACAGCUGUUUCUUUAUAUUUUUGGUAAAUCUAUUUCAGAAAUUGUCAUCUUGGAAAGGUGGUCGUCACCAUAUGAAUCACUUAUUUAAUUUUCACAUCACAGUCUAUAUAUGGUGUGUCACAAUAUUUAACUGACAUACUAGUAACUAUUAAACAAUGUGAAUAAGUGUCACAAAAUAAGUGACUUAUUUAUUAACACUCGCUUUUUAACAGUAAUAUAUGACAAUAUGGUUAUCGUCAAAGACUAUCAGUCGGGUAAUAACAUAUUAAUAUGCCUCCCGGUUGAAAUGUGUUAAUAUGAUAUUUAUAGCUCCAUAUGAAUAUUUAUUUUGUUUUAAAUCUUAUGAGCUUCGUGUAAUUACUUAUACUUUUUUUUAAUCCUGAGAUAUCAUGUAUUAGCAGCCACUACGUAGAUUCUGAUUAUGAUGCAUGUCCAUUGUAUCUGUUACAUGAAAGUCUGCUGAAUAUCGUAUAUAAGGUUUUGAAUUUGUAGUCUCAAUUGAGAUUUGUAGAAUGAUUGUUUAAAUAAUGUACUCAGCCUGAUUAUUAAUUAUGUGUCAUGAAUAUUUACUAGAUAUAUAAAGUAGCAAACUGUACAGUAAGGGAAUGAUUUCUUUUAUUAAAGUUUCAAAUCAAACACAUGUUUACAAACACUGAAGGAUUUGUUAAUGCUUUUGCUUGCAAGGAAACUCUUUCAUAUCAAACGUUUAGCCUUCUGUUAUAGUUCUUAUCCUCAAGCUUUAAAAAAAAUUUCCUUUAGGAUAAAAAAGAUGAAAUAAAUUAAAAAAUUGAUAUUAAUGUCUUGAAAAGCUCUUAUAGCAUAAUUCUAGGCAAAAUGUUAUCCUAUCCUAAGAUAAAAUAUCUAAGAUCUUAUCAAAACAAAGCAAAUGCUUCUGAUUUCAAAGAUUGGUAUGUAUUUUUAAAAUCGCUAAGCCCAGGUUUAUAUGAAUCAUUUCAUAGUUUGUAACAACCUCAUUGCUAGAAUUAACCUUGCUUUCUACAUAAUACAGUCUAAAUAAUUAAGUAAUAUUACACCUUAAAAUAAUAUUUGUUAAGCUUAUUUGAAAACCAGAGAGAAAAUGCCGAAAAGAAGACGCAAUCACUAGAAAUGCUUUACGAUCAUGUAAUGAGCACAAAUGCCAAAAACGUUAACGCUUUUAAAUUGUCUAUUUCUUAGAAUUGUAAUGAUUAGGUAAAUUUUCUUCUUCCUCAAAACCACCAUUAAUGUAAAUCGAACUCAACUGUAACAUCUACACAUCACAGUGUUUUCUCACACUUUACAAAUUUCAUAUCUAAUCGUACAUAUUCUUUCUAAGAUAUUGACGACUAACAAUUAGCAUCGUUCGUAGUCAAUAUCUGAGAAAGAAUAUGCACAAUUACAUAUGGGAAACAAGAGAACAACCAUUGUUUUGAACCUGUUCCACUCAAGGAAUGUGAAAAAUUUUACCUCAUUUCGGCAAGACCUCAUUCUUUGUUCAACACAUCAUUCCAUUAUUUAGCACUUUUAUGUGUGAGUGUGUGAGAGCGUUAGAGGAACAGUUUUCUCCGGGACCAUAUAGUUACAGAUUGAUGUCUUUUAAUUAAUGUACUUUUCACGAUUGACGUUUAGAACGUUUUUUAAUAAUUAGCCGUGUUUAUUUCAGUUGUUCUUAAAAAUUCAAAACUUACUUCGAUGAAAAAUAUCAUCAUAUGUAUAACUGUUAAAUACAAGUUCACUAAACUUCAGAUCUACCAUCUAAGCAAUAUAAUGUGAUCAGCGAUAAUAACCAAUUUCACUAACCAGAUGAGCUAUAUUUUAAAUUAACAAUUUUUUCUAUCAAAAGUAAGAGAUUUCCUCAAUAUACAGCUUUCUGAUGUCGUCAUGUCAUGUGCCGUACCUUACUUUAAAAUGAAAGCUCUCACAUGUACUUAAUAUAUACCAGAUUUUGAAAGUUUAGACGUCUACAGAUUUUGAAAAUCAACUAAUAACGAUUUCAUUUAAGAUUAUUGUGUUUUAAACUAUCUUCCAUUUUUAAGCGUUCUGAAGAUGAACGUUCAACAGGAAUUUUAAUGAACAAAAAUGAUAUGAAGAACAAAAUAUUAGUGACUCAUUUAAAAUUGUUAAUAAUCAGAGGUAAAUUUAUGCAAAAUAAAAUAAUACGAUGUUCUAUUUAAUGUGAAAUUUGUAAGGUUAAACCUAACUAGCUAUUUAAUUUGCGCUUGGUUAAUUCAAGGGGUUAUCGUCUUCGGAAACUAAACAGAUGGGCAACUAAAUUGCAGUAACAUAGACAACAGGUAAAAAUUAACUGAAAUAUUUAUUAAAAAUUACAUAUUGUACUGCAAUUAACAUUUAACAUGCACUAUCCACUACUAUUUAUAGUCUUAUAAACUCAAGCAUUUAAAUAAACACCAAAACCCAGAAGAUUACUUUUAAACUACUAAUGAGCUUGGCUUUACCUAAUCAGGAUGCUAACUCUUCGGUCUAUCAGCUACAAAUUUCAUUGAUAAAAUACACAUAUCCGCUAAGUGGGCGGCUCGUCUUCUUGCUGUUUUCGAUAGUUUUCACAGUACUCUCUCUGUUUCUCUAAACUACAGAUUUUGCUUUUAAAAUUCAAUACCAUGCUCUUUCUGAUGAAAGUCGGCUGAUGAAAUAGAAGUUACAAAAAAUAAUGAACAAGAAAAUAACGCGUUAUCUAAAAUAAACUUUAUUUUGUCUUUCCAUAUUAACAUAAAUGUGAUAUUUUGAGUCUCUAAACUUUUAUUAGAAAUUAAUAUGAUCGAAAUCAUUGAUUUGGAACUUUAUAAAAGGAAAAGCAUUCCUCCGUUUCCUCAAUUCAAUUUAACGGUAAUGAACGUAAUUUUGCUCUCAUACUCGAUUUAAACUCAAUCCUUUCAUCUAAUAUACGUAGAGUUAAACAAAACUGGAUAAAAUGCCAGUUCCUGUUUGCAGAUAAGUUUCUGUAACCUGUUCCGUAUUACGUCAUUAAUCUAAUAUUACAUUUUAAUUAUUUUUGUGCCAUUCUUCAUCUAAAAAAAUACGAUGAAGUUUGUGAUUCUGAUUUUAUUGAGUAUUAUAUAGUAAAUGUGUAACAAAGAUUUUGUAUUUUUGCAUAAUAAAAUGGAUAAAAAA